AUGUCGACCAAGUCUACUUUUAGUCGCUGGAAGAAGGCGGACCUGAUUGAUCUGGCCAACAAGCUGGAAAUCGGCGGCUUCCCCAACUACGCAAAGAAGAGCGACAUGAUAGAUUUCCUUGAAUCUCACUUGACCCAUCUCGAGAAGCCCGUGGACUUCAAAGACGACUACCCGGAGCUGAAGUCUUUUUAUGAGUCGAUGACGGUGGACCAGUCCAAGGAUGAAGAGGACGUGUCUGGGUCCGGAUCUUCCGACACGGCCGCAAAUGACUCCGAUCUGGAGAAGGCCUACAUCAAGGAGGACGAUGAGAGGUCGCAAUCUGGCGACGAAGUCAGCGCGAUGAGGCCUGAUUCAAACACGAGUGCGAGCGCGAGCGCAAACGCUAAGGCGAACUUCAAUUUGCUGGAUUUCAGCUCGGAUCACAACCCAUCUACGUCCGCAUCGACGAGAUUCAAGUUCGAUUUCCACGAUUACGUCUCUGACAUAAGAUAUCACACGCGAAAGCUGAACGAGAACGUUCAGGAUUAUCUGUCCACUAUUUCUUCCGUCGACACCAUCUUUUCCCUCGUGGAAUUCUCUUUUCUGCUGAGAAAUAUAUUAGCCGCCGGGAAGCCGACCUCCUCCACUUCUUCGCUCGCAUCGUCGCUCGAAGCCGCCGUUGCCGCCCACAACAAAUACCAAGAUGUGCUGGAUUUCUGCCUACCUACACUCACGUGGCUGCUCUUCUUUAGAGGCGUCCCAACAUUGGUGUCGUACUACAUCAACUUUAUCCGGUACGACCUGGACAUCGAGUUGGACCCAAUGACGUUCAGUCUCUCGAAGUUGCUAAUCUCUUUGGCAAUCUUCAAAACCUGUAAUGAUAAAAACUUGGACUUCCAAUCUUUUCAAUGCGUCAACCAAGUGUGGGCCCAGCUCUGUGCCGUGAACAACUCCCUGGGCAUGGUGCCUGUGGUGUUCUCUAUGGUUAGCUGCCUACUGGCUCUAUACGUACUAUAG